GGUUCUGGGCUUGCCACUCCUCUGGGUGAGGGUGAAGGGCAGCUCCCUCGCCUCCUCCUGAUAUCUGCCCGCUGCCAGGCAGAGGCAGCUCCCUCCCAAGGAGGCACGAGUGCCACGCGGAAGUCACGGCACCACUCGCUUCACAUGAGACCUCUGACACCUCGGGCGAAGGAGCCGGGGAAGGAAACCGCAGCCUGAGAGAGCCCAGGAGCCUCCAGCCCAUCCUGCCCGCCAGCCCUUUCCUUAGGAAUCUGCCCCGAGGGGCUCUGGGAGAGAGGGACACCGAGGAAGGCUCUCCGCUUCACCAUGCAGGAUGAAAUUCUGCUGAGUCCCCACAGGGAAUCUCCUGUUGAGGACAUGGACCCCUUUUCCUCCCCGAAUGAAGAGAAGUGGGACUUUGUCCUGGUGAGUGACAUCCACGAAAUGGGCAGUGAAAAGGAGAUCAAGAGGAAGAAAUUCCUGGACGAGUUGCAGAAGAAGGGCUUCACCAUCAAGAAAAUUGAGGACACAAAGCUCUUUUAUGGAGUUCGUGCCCCGCCGCACAUCUUCUGGAAAUACCAGUGUUUCCUGACGAACUCUGACAGCAGGCAGCAAAACUCCAGCACCAGCCAGGACAUCCCAGUGACCACCAGGAUACGGGUUGUGCACUUCAUCCUGCAGAACACUGUGACAUCCGACUUAGAGAAGCUGCAUGACCUGAUGAAGAAGAAGGUGUUUGAGGCAGCCUUUCCCCUGCACAAGAACGAAGAGAUAAGGCGAAUACUAAAGAAGAAGUGGGCUCGUUGGAGAGUUAUGUUUAAGGAACAGCCAAUUGAGGAGAUCAGGUGCUAUUUUGGAGAGAAGGUGGCCUUGUACUUCGCCUGGCUGGGCUGGUACACCUACCUGCUGAUUUUCGCUGCCCUGGCUGGGCUGGCAACCGUCGCAGCUGGGGCUACUGUUUUCAGUUCCAGCCAGGUGAGCAAGGAGAUCUGUGAUGCCAACAACACCAUCAUGUGCCCGCUGUGCGACCAGAAUUGCUCGUUCUGGGUCCUCUCUGACACCUGCACCUAUGCCAAGGUCACUCACAUGAUUGACAAUGAGGCCACAGUGGUGUUUGCCAUGUUCAUGGCCAUCUGGGCCACUGUAUUCCUGGAGCUGUGGAAGAGGGAGAGAGCCACUGUGGCCACCAACUGGGACGUGUACGGGUGGGAUGAGGAAGAGGAGGAGCUGGCUCUGCACCUGAUCAAUAAUUCACAGCAUGAACCCCAGCCGUACCAGCACUCCUACUUCCGCAGCACCAUCGUCCUCCUCUUGGCUCUGCUGAUGAUCCUGGUGCUGAUCGGCAUCGCCCACGCGCUCGUCAUCUACCGGGCAGUGGCCAUGGCCCUGUUCAUGCAGAGUGAAGCGGGGCUGCUGAGCAGGCACGCCGACACCAUCGCCGUGAUGACGGGGGCCGUGCUGCACUACCUCACCAUCGUCGUCAUGAGCAAGGUCAACUGGCACGUGGCCCUCUACCUCUGCAAGCUGGAGAAACCACGGACCUUCUCUCAAGGGGAAAACAACUUCACCGUGAAGAUCUUCAUCUUCCAGUUCUUCACAAACUUCUCCUCACUCAUCUACAUUGCCUUCUUCCUGGGACGGAUCAAUGGCCGCCCAGGGCGCUACGUGCGCGUUGCUGGCCACUGGAGGCUGGAGGAGUGCCACCCCAGUGGCUGUAUCACCGACCUCUUCAUCCAGAUGGCUGUCAUCAUGGUGCUCAAGCAGACCAUCAGCAACAUCAUGGAGUAUCUCAUCCCCUGGAUAUCCCACCGGCUACGGAAGAAGAAAAAGUCCCCCAAGAAGAGAAGUAUGAUGUUAGGAGAGGAGGAGGAGGCAGAGGACCCCUGCAAAAGGCAGUGGCUGAACAACUAUGAACUCAAUGAGGUCGAUGGCUUCAGCUUGUUCAACGAGUACUUGGAGAUAGUGAUCCAGUACAGCUUCACCACCAUCUUCGUGGCAGCCUUUCCCCUGGCCCCAUUGCUGGCCCUCAUCAACAACGUCAUCGAGAUCCACAUGGACGCCAUCAAGAUGAUGCGGCUGCGCCGGCGCAUGGUGCCCAGGAAGGCCAAGGACAUCGGGAUCUGGCUGCAGGUCCUAGAGGCCAUUGGCAUCCUGGCUGUCAUUGGGAACGGGCUGGUGAUCGCCAUCACCUCUGACUUCAUCCCCGUGCAGGUCUACAAGUACAUGUACAGCCCCUGCGCGAGGGAGAACCACACCAGCAUGGACUGCUCCACUGGGUACAUCAACAACAGCCUCUCCAUAUUCCACAUCCGGGACUUCGAGCCCCACACCAAGGUGCUGCCGGAAUUUAAUGGGGUCCAGAUCAAGAACUGCAGGUACCGGGAUUACCGGAAUGCUGAUGACUACACCUACACCGUCCAGUUCUGGCACAUCUUCGCAGCCCGGCUCGCCUUCCUCAUCCUCUUCGAGCACGUGGCUCUGUGUGUGAAGCUGAUCGCAGCCUGGUACAUCCCUGAUGUCCCCCAGAAGGUCAAGAAUCGAAUUCUGAAGGAAAAACACAGCAAUCUCCAAAAUGAGCUGAGUAUGACGCAGUACUCCACCGAGGUGUAAACACCACUCACCGAGGAGAAGGAGAACAUGGACUCGAGCCCCUUUCCCAGCCUGGCAGUGCCAGGGGUGCUGGAUGAACCCCACGACAUGGUCCCACGUGUCCCGUCUGGGACCGAGCUGGACUUGAGCUGGGAAGUGAUGACAAAGACAGUGGCUUCACAGAAGCAGGCUGCUUUCCGCCUUGGAAAGGAAGGAUGCUGCGGCAGGGCCGGGAUGUGCCUCCCCAGCACGGGGAGAGGCUGGCACAGAGCUGUGGCGCUGGGGACAAACCCAGGGGCAGCCCCCGGCUGCGGGGCUGCAGGAGAUUACCUGGGUGCUUGUCAUUCACUUCCUUAAGCACAGGAAACACCACUUGCCUCAUUCUGUACCGAGGCUCCCUCUCCAGCCCUUUUUUUUUUUUUUUUUUUUUUCCUCCCACCUUGGCCUCUUCCCUGCCUUCCGUGACCUCCUCACUCUCGCACUACUGGGUAACUUGAGUCCCUCUUUCGCCAAACUCCUCCCCGGCGUGACUCCCACACGUCUGCAGCUCCGCCCUGCUGUCUCCACGGGCGCAGCUCCACCCUGGUGUCUCCACGGACACUGGAAAAAGGCCCUUGGUUGUUAUCUUGUGUUUAGCUCUGGGCUCAGCCGGGUCCUGAGAGAUGUUCCUGGUUCAGCUGCCACCAGCCAUUGGUAAAUAAACAACAAGACCCACGGUGGACACACAGACUAUCGCCUGCUGCCUGGUAAUUCUCCUGCCUUCCUCCUGUGCCAUCCCAAAUCAUCUCCAAAACCUUUCCUUGUCUUACUGGGGACAAGCACGGCAGGUGGGAGCUGCAGUGCCCACUGUGAGGGUUGUGUGGGAGCUGCCUGGUGGGACACCAGGAUCUGGCCAUGCACAGUGGGAGCACAGGCUGGUUAAUGUGCCAGGAUAAUGGAAAUACCUGGGGCAAAUGGGAAAAAACCAGCACAUCCCAAGUGACAGGGUUAUCCCACCUUUUCCUUUGGAGACUCCAGUACUGGCUGGCCCCCUACAGACAGUGUGGCUUUGGAUGCAGCAGGAACAGGGUGACACCCCAGGACUGGACAGGUGCCACAGUUCAGGAGGGGUCUGACUGGGGGCCAGCCUCCUCCUUUCCCAGUGGUAGUGACCCCAACCUGGCUGGACACCGCCCUGACGCUGCCCAUGUCCCAUGAGGAUCCCACCACAGACGCAUCCCAAGGUGUCACUCCUGGGGGCUGUGCCCUGGAGGUGACAAACCCCAGCCAGGACUGCUGGGAAAGGCUCCAGGGUUAACUCAGCCUCAAAACUUCACUCCCAAGAGCAUGGAAAGCCAUUAACGAUCCCAUAGGGAACAGAAAGGAGCUUGCUGAGCUCUCAGGCUUGUCCUGUUUCUGCACCAUUGUGAUCAAAACUGCCUCUGCUCCUCCAUUUAACUUAACCACGGGGACAAGACCCUGACGGACAAGAAAGGUCCUAUCCGCUCCUGAUUUGCUCCCAAGCCUCCCCACAAUCCAGUCUUGUUCCAUGAAAUCCUUCACCAUCCCACAAAUCCAACAGAUUUACUCUGGAUUUUACAGCUGAUGCAUCACAGUGUCCAUGAGAAGUGGUCAGCCCUCAAAAAAGGCUGCUCCAACACCUGCUGCCACAAACACACACAGACAGUGGCUGUAGGGCCUGGGAGCAGGUAUACUCCCCAGAGAUCCAGCAGGGUUCCCUCUGUCCCUUUCCCUCCCACAACAAGCCAACAGCACUGGUAGUUUAUAUCCUAAACAAUGAGGAGUCAGAAUUGGGGUAUUUCUCCAUGGGGACAGGCCCACAGACCUACCUGUGACCUAUCUGUUUAUUUAUAGAUACAUAGUUAUUCAAUAUACAUCUAUAUAUUUUUAUAUU